AUGCAUUUUAUUCAUAUCAUUCGAUGGAUACUGACCGUCUUACUCGUGGCUUGUAAAGCCUCGACGACAAACAAUACAAUUGAUAUAUCUGUUGCUGCCAAUUGGAAGGCAGUCCCAUUUAAAUUAAUUGUACUAGAAUCAAUUGCUCAAUUCAACGAAACUUUAUAUGAACCUUUAGUAGAGAAGCUUUUAGGAAUAAAAUAUGAGCAAAGUCCAGACGAGGAUGACGAAGAUAUGGAUGUUGGUGAUGUCAGUCUUGUGGAUUCAUAUUUAUUAUCGGAUCAGGAGUUCUAUAGGUAUGGCCUCUCGCUAAUCAAUUCCGACAUUUUUAGAGAGAUAGUCAAUAACACAAUUGCAAACAGAUACUACUCUCCUUCUGUUGAAAUGCAUUAUCAAUAUUUUCGAAAUGUUGUGGCUAAGCAUAAGUAUUGCGCGAAGAAAGAUAACACGUCGUAUAUAGUACAGAAUGAUCAUGUUUAUUGUGAUCCAACAGACGUUUUUGCUCUAAGAACAGUUUCAUGCAAUGACGAAAACGUUGGAUCCCAUCCAUUAUCAGUUGAUCAUAAAAUGGGGAAUACAGGAUGUCCAUAUUUUCUUUAUGGGGACUACCGCUCAGAGAAGUUUCGGGAAACUUUUUUUUAUCUUUAUCAGUCCAUGAAAGCAGGUAAGCUAUCUUUUGUUUGGAGAUACAUUCCUGAUGAUGCAAUAAUAAGUUCCGAACUAUUGGCUGGCUAUGGAAUAGACCUUACUUUGAAAAGAACCGAUUAUAUUGUUGUUGAUGACCGCGAUCUUGCCGAAGGACAAAAGGGAAAACUUAAUUUCGACGAGAAAACGAUAACAGCUCCAGCUAAUAUUUCUGAAGAUGAUGAAUUUUGGAAAGAAUCAGUUAGUGAAAUUCCAAAGUUAAGUCAGGAUGAUAUCAAACAGCUUGGGUUGAAAUUCACUAAGUUUAUUUUAGAUCAAAAUUCGAAAAGUGAUCAGCAGAAGUUGGAUCUAUUGACAAAACUUACAUUUGAUUUUCCACUAUAUGCAUCAAAAAUUGCUGGUCUUAAUUAUUCGGAUCAUGAACUGCACUUGCUUGGUCUUAAUGUGCUUCGAGAUGAAUAUGCGGAGAUACCAAAUGGAUUCUAUAUAAACGAUGAAAUUGUUCCUAGUAUUAAAGAUGAUGCCUACAAACUUCUUGCAAUGCUAAAAAAUAGUGUUUUGCAACUUGAUAAACUCCAGUCGAUUGGCAUGGAUUCACGAUCAGCAAAUGAUAUUCUAUCAAAAUUUUCGUCGUUUGAAUCGGCACUCUCGAAAAGACCAUACUUAAGGUAUAACUAUUCAGAUUAUGAAAACUCAAUAGUAUAUUUCAAUGACAUUGCUCAUGACCAUCAAUAUAGUAAGAUGGUUCCGUCUCGUGAAGCAUAUUCGGUUGAACCCCAAAUGGGAGAACUUCCUCCUGCUAGAGAGAAUAUUUAUGACACUAUAUUCUUUUUAGAUUUGUCUGAUCCUGUGAGAUUAUAUUAUACUCUAUCGGUUAUAAAUAAUAUUCUUUCUAAGCUUGUUCCAGAAAGAGUUGGCAUAAUUCCUCUAUUUACUUCCAAGGAUGGUGCUAUACUAGCAAGAAAGCUUUUUUCUAUCGAGGAUAAGUUCGGUUCCAAUGAUGCUUUGCGAUUUUUACACAAGGUUAACAAAUACUUAGCUGAAGAUAAACUAACAGAUGAUGUCAUUGCCAAAUUGCCUGGAAAUUCCACAUUUACUUCAAAAAAAAUUGAAUAUGCGAAGAAUUUCAUGAGUGCCUUUAAAAUUGAUCGACUUCCACAGAUACUGGUAAAUGGCGUUUUUCUUCCAUUUAACAAUGACUGGCAGUCCUCAGUGCAGCAGCUUACGCUUGAUGUUUAUUACAUCUUCACUCAGUAUCAAAAUGGGAAAAUCCCGUUGGGCUUAACUUUCAGGGAUUAUUUAUAUAAAGAUGCUUAUAAAAUAAGGAUUCCUAAAUUAGUCCCAGAUAACAUAUUAUCUGCAGGUUUUGAUGUGAUUCCUGCUCCAAACAUAGAUGAUUAUCUCAAACAGCAUGCUGCGCAGGACAACAACACUCUUGAAAUUAAAAGUACUAAAUGUACUGUUAAGCCUUGCUACAAGUCGCAAUCCUUAAAAACGGUAACUUUGAUUGGAGAUCUUGCAAAUAAGGAAUUCAGAGCACAGAUUAUCGAGAUGUUGCAAUAUAUUCAGCGUACUAAGCACAUUAAAUUGAUUUUGGCUGAUAUUGGGGGUCACAAUUAUUUGAGCGAAUUGAAAAACGAGAGUAUUGAUAUUUUGAUAGAUAAGUUUUCUAGUGAUGGAAUUAGAGCCACUUCAAAAAUUAUCAUACCUUCAAUACUUCAAAGUUAUUCAGAGCUCGGUAAUGCUCAGUUGAACUCUAUUUUUAUGGUUAUUGAUGGCAGAUUUCUUCGGAUUUCACAUUCGUUAUUGAGCCAACAAGACUUGGAUAUGGUUAUUCAAGUGGAUGAGAAACUGCGGCUCAAAGCUUUAAGCAUGAUUAUGAAGAACAAAAAAAAUAUCUUAGAAUUGGCCAAACAUAAAUUUAAUGACAAAUACAACUUUUAUGAGUAUUUAAUAUGGACCACCAGUGAAAUAUAUUUCAAAAAUGAGGAUGAAUUUGUGUAUGAUGCUCUUCCAAGAUACGACACAAACUUGUUAGAUGACAAGCUAUCAAUUCAUAUACCUGCAAAGGAAGUGCCGAGAGUAUUUGUUACUAUUUCUAUUGAUCCAAUAUCAGAGAAGGCGCAAAAGUAUUUGGCGAUGUUAGAUAUUUUUAAGGCAAUGCCUUUUGCAGAUAUUGUCAUUCAUUUACACCCCAAGAUUGAAAUGGAGAAUAUUGGUAUUAACAGACUUUAUAGAGGUAUGUUCCGUCCCCCAGUUAAAUUUGAUGAUGAUGGAACAUUUGAUGAGAACGAGCUACAAAUUAUUUUUGAUGAGGUACCGGAAAAGCCACUCUUUUCUUUGAGUGUCGAUGAGCCUCAAUCAUGGAUUGUUGGGAUUAAGGAAGCAAAUGCGGAUCUUGAUAACAUUAAACUUGAUAUUUCUGGUCCCGUUGUUGGUGUCUAUGAAGUUGAAAAUAUAAUUAUCGAAGGUUACUCUAGAGAUGUUGUGUCACCCUCAGCCAAACCAAUAGGUUUAGUAUUGGAACUUUCGUCAUCUUUUAAUGAUAAAAUGCAGGAAACCUCCGUAAUGGCAAACUUUGGUUAUUUCCAAUUGAAAGCAAAUCCUGGAGAAUGGAGUCUGAGAGUUAAACCAGAAACAAAAGGAGCGGAUAUUUACGAUUUGGUUGGGGUGUCUUUGAAUUCAACAUCAUUGGAUAUAGGAGAUGGUAAAAUAUCCUCUUUUGAUUUUGGCGUUUCAAAUCUAGGAGGAUUAACUCUUUUCCCAGUAUUUUCAAAAAAGUCUGGAAAGGAGAAUGACUUUAUCAUUGGUGAUCACAAUAUAGAGAGGAAGAAUAAUGGCGGUUCAAACUCGUACUUCUCGUCAUUUUUGUCCAAGUUGAAAAAUCAGGUACUUUCCACUAAGAAGGCAGAAGAGCAUAAGAACGCCGAUAUUAAUAUAUUUAGUAUCGCCAGUGGUCAUUUAUACGAGAGAUUGUUAGAGAUUAUGACCGCCUCUGUGAUGAAACACACCGAGCAUUCUGUGAAGUUUUGGUUUAUCGGAAAUUAUAUGUCUCCGAAGUUAAAGGCUGAAUUGCCUCUUCUGGCAAAUCAUUAUGGUUUCCAGUACGAAUUCAUCACGUAUAAAUGGCCGGUUUGGUUAAGGCAUCAAAGAGAAAAACAAAGAAUUGUUUGGGCAUAUAAGAUGCUAUUCUUGGAUGUUCUUUUCCCACAGAGUCUUGAUAAGGUUAUAUUUGUUGAUGCUGAUCAAAUUUGCAGAACGGAUAUGAAGGAGCUCGUCGAUUUGGAUUUGGAAGGAGCACCGUAUGGAUUUACACCUAUGUGUGAUUCCAGAAAAGAAAUGGAGGGAUUCCGUUUCUGGAAGAAAGGAUAUUGGAAGAGGCUUCUAGGAGACAAAUACAAGUAUCAUAUAAGCGCCCUAUAUGUUGUGGAUUUGGAUAAGUUUAGAUCUCUUGCAGCUGGAGAUAUACUGAGACAGCAUUAUCAGGAACUCUCCAAAGAUCCUAAAUCGUUGAGUAAUUUGGACCAAGAUCUACCCAACAAUUUACAAGAUGUUUUAGAGAUUCAUUCGCUCCCUCAGAAUUGGCUUUGGUGUGAGACCUGGUGUAGUGAUGAGAGUUUAAAGGAUGCCAGAACAAUUGACCUUUGCAACAACCCAUUGACAAAGGAAUCGAAGUUGGAAAGGGCAAGAAGGCAAAUUCCAGAAUGGAAUGACUACGACCAGGAAGUUGCAAGUCUCGUAUAUCAUAAAAAUGAAAGUCAUAAAGAAGGAGAAACGUCAAAUCACAAAGCAGAAAUCACGAGCACUAAUGAACACGAUGAAUUCUAA